UAUUGAAAGAAGAACAGAAAAGAACAGAGAAAAUUAUACUUUCCUUCCAAACAAACACAUGAUUAUCACAACCACGUGCACCCCCUACCCCCUUUUCAAACCCGAAAACAAAAAAACGUUCCCUUCUCUCUCUCUUUCUCUCUUUCAGAGAGAAGAAGAGAGAUAGUGAAAAGCCAAGCCAGCUCAUACAACGACGUCGUAGAGAGACACACAAACAGUACGUGGGAGAGAAAAAAAAGAAAAAAAGAUGCACGCUUACAAUAGAAUACCAAGCAGCGGGCACACCACACCGUCGCCGCCGGCGUCGCCGUUGCGCUCGCCGCGGUACCGGAAGCCGUCGAAGUCGGGUCGGUUCGGGCCGGCCCAAUCACAACCGGGUCGGACCUUGGCACAGAGGCUCGCGUGGCUGCUCCUCUCUGUACUUCUCAGAAGGCAAGGCAUAUUCCUCUUCGCUCCUCUAAUCUACAUCUCCGUCAUGCUUCUCUACAUGGGUUCCGUCUCUUUCGAUGUCGUUCCAGUAAUUUCUCAUAGACCCGCAACCGGCUCCGUUUACCGUAGCCCGGAACUAUAUCUCAAGCUCAAACCCGAUAUGGACUCUGAUAACUCCUCCGCCGAUGCGAUAUCAACUAUAUGGAAACGGUCCUAUAAAGGUGGUGAGUGGAGACCAUGUAUUAAAAAAUCUUCUGGAGGUUUGCCUGAAACAAAUGGCUACAUAUAUGUCGAGGCGAACGGUGGCCUGAAUCAGCAGAGAACAUCGAUAUGCAAUGCAGUUGCUGUCGCGGGCUACCUUAAUGCAACCCUUGUAAUCCCUAAUUUUCAUUUUCAUAGCAUUUGGAGAGAUCCUAGCAAAUUCAGUGACAUUUAUGAUGAUGAUUAUUUCGUCAAUGCCCUGGAAAAUGAUGUGCAAGUGGUUAACAAGAUUCCUGGAUACAUCAUGGAACGGUUUGACCACAACCUGAGCAAUGUUUUCAACUUCAAAAUAAAAGCAUGGUCUCCCAUUCAGUAUUAUAGGGAGACAGUCCUUCCAAAGCUACUUGAAGAACAGGUUAUAAGAAUAUCUCCUUUUGCGAAUCGACUGUCAAUUGAUGCUCCUCCAGCUGUCCAACGGCUUAGAUGCUUAGCAAACUAUGAAGCCUUAAGGUUUUCAAGUCCUAUACGAACAUUGGGAGAAAGUUUGGUUGCAAAAAUGAAAGAACGCAGUGCAAAUAAUGGUGGGAAAUACAUUUCUGUGCAUCUUCGCUUUGAGGAGGAUAUGGUUGCUUUCUCUUGCUGUGUAUAUGAUGGUGGAGAGGAAGAAACGAAUGACAUGAGAGCAGCAAGGGAAAAAGGUUGGAAAGGGAAAUUUACAAAACCUGGUCGAGUUAUACGUCCUGGAGCAAUCAGGAUCAAUGGCAAAUGUCCCCUUACUCCUUUAGAGGUAGGCUUGAUGCUUAGGGGAAUGGGGUUUGAUAGAAGCACAUAUAUCUAUUUGGCAUCUGGAAAGAUAUACAAUUCUGAAAGAUACAUGGCCCCACUAUUGGAAAUGUUUCCCAAUUUGCAAACUAAGGAUAUGCUGGCAUCAAAUGAGGAACUUGCCCCAUUUAAGAGUUUUUCUUCCAGGAUGGCUGCUGUAGACUACACUGUCUGUCUUCACAGUGAGGUUUUUGUAACAACUCAAGGUGGAAACUUUCCUCAUUUUCUAAUGGGCCACCGGAGAUACUUGUAUGGUGGACAUGCAAAGACAAUUAGGCCUGACAAGCGAAAGUUAGCGCUACUCUUUGAUAAUCCCCAUAUUGGAUGGAAAAGUUUUAGGCGACAAAUGCUGAAUAUGCGAGGUCAUAGUGAUUCCAAGGGAUUUGAAUUAAGAAAGCCAAAUGAGUCGAUAUAUUCCUUUCCAUGCCCAGAUUGCAUGUGCCAUACAAACAAAACAGAAGAUUCAAGAUCAUCAUCAGCACAUGAUCUGCCUAAAUAGAGAAUACGAUUGGUGUUUCUUCUCCCUGUAACUUUCUGAGCACAUCUUGCUGCUGACCCCGUUUUUCCAUGUUGUAAUUCUUUCAUUUUUUCCCCUUUCCAUUUGGUGAGAGGGCAAACACAUCAAUUUUGGGAGCUUCAAGGAUUUUGUUGGAGGUCACAUUGAUCUGAUUAUUUCCCGGGAUUGGGCCGUAGGGGACUUGCUUCUUUUUGUAUAUGAUGCCAAAGAACAUAGAAAGGACAUUCUUUCCAUUCCAGAAGUUGUCCCAUUGCAGAGCUUCCCGGACGUAGACUGAACAUUGUUUCAUAUGUUAAGUUGCAGCUGCUGUAUCUAACAAGCUGCGAAAUGACGCAUCACAUUCCUUCACACCACACCCCGGUUUUGCCAUGUUUGUACAUUUUUUGGAGUUUGAUCUGCAUGUGUAAGACUGUAAGACAGGUUGAACCAUCUGUACAUUUGCCAGAAAUCAGGGUAACGAUUCUUUUUGUUCCAAAAUCAUUUUUGUAGCUCUUUCCUUUUUCUUUGGCCUCCCUCUUUUGAGGAUGCCUUUUGUUAGAGACAACACACUUAUCAUUCUAUUUUAAUCACAACCUCAUUCUUUUUUGUGCAA